UGAUAAGUUUGACUGUUGUAUUUAUUUCAUUGUUGUCAUAUUUCUUGAAGAAAUCGCAAUUCAAAGUUAAAACUUGAAAGUCCUAAAUAAGAAUUCACAAAACUUUUUUAAUUAAUAGUAUCUUGCCUUCGCAUUAACAAUGACGAAUAAGGCUGUAAUAUUUUUUAUGCUGUCUGCUUUGCCUGCAGCUUUGUCUGUGAGGUGUUACCAAUGCGCAUCUUCACAAAAUCUAUAUGAAGAUACAUGUGGAGCUUAUAAAAGAUUUGAUACAGAUAGCCACAUAGCAGUCGAAUGCAAUAGCGAUGAAUCUCAUAUGCCCGGCUCUUUCUGUAUGAAGUUAACUCAACAGGGGCCUAAAGGAUUUAUUUGGGACGGUAGAUGGCGACAAGUGAUUAGACGUUGUGCUUCCGUUGCUGAAACAGGUGUUACAGGUGUUUGUAAUUGGGGAGUUUAUGAUAAUGGAGUGUAUUGGGAGGAAUGCUAUUGCUCAGCUGACGAGUGCAAUGGAUCUGUGACUAUACAAUCAAGUAUAGCAUUAAUCUUGGGUGUAAUGCUGACAACCUUAUAUAUUGUUACAUUAUCAUGAUCAUACUUCUUGAUCAUGCUAAAUAAUGGAGUAAGAAUAUCAUCUGUCCGUCCAAAUAGAAUAUCUGUUUUUAAUGAUGUUUUGUACUCAGUGUUAAGAGAUAAAUCUGUGAUAAGUAAUAUAAUUAUAUUACUUGCAAAUGAUUCCAUCCAUUUUUAUGACAUUCCGUCCAACUUUUAUAUUUAUAAGAAAUACAAGUAUGUAAAAAAAACUGUAAAUAAAAGACAGUUACAUAGUUAUUAAGUUUUCUGAUGGAUUUUGUUGAAAGCUAUGCAUUAACAUAAGUUUUAAGUGAUAUAUUAGAAUACCACAUUCUUUUUGUCUUCAAUCCACUGUAAUUUUUAAAGUUUCCUCAGGUUUUAAACAUGUUUGUUUGAAUUAUUACUGUCACUGGAUGGCAGAAAUAAUAAUCCAAAUUAUCAUUAAAUUAUAAUACUAAAUGUAUUCUUAAAAGUUACUUUUUAGAACUGUAUUUAAGUUUAUACAUAUACAUAAUGACUCACUAUGCUUGAUUUCUAUUAACAUAGUGUUAAUUUCACACAAGUAAUGUACAAUGCUCUUUUGUUAAAAUAUUUAGACUAUGCGUCAUACCAGUUACAUUAAUUAAGAGUUGAUAUUUUCUUAAUAAUUUGUUGUUGUUUACAUAUUCAAUGAAUGCAGAAAUAUUAUUGAAAUUUCAUUAAAUUUUUAUAAAAUUUUUA